GCAAAGCGAAAACAACGCGGAGGGCUGGUUCCCCGUGCGGGCAGUGAGGCCGCCAGCGCCACCAGCUCCGAAACCCCCGCCACCUGUGAGACCGGAGGCCAACGGCUAUGUUGCAACGGCUGCGGCACCACCUCCGCCUGCGCCACCACGGGAUGCUGAGGAUGCCUCUGCAUUCCUGUUGCCAGAAGCUACA